ACACAUGACAUGUGCAAAUUUGGCGCGCCAGUUUUAAUGAGAUCGCAAGUGGUGAGUGGUACGGUACGAGUACGACUGCAGCUGUGCGAGCUGGACUGAAGUGAGCGGGAACUGGAAAGCAUUUGCGCCGUUGGCAGCCGCCCAGGUAGUUAUCAAGCUCUGACUGAGUCUCCGCUGCGGAAUCUUUCUAAAAGUGAGUGGUGAAAAUAUGCAGUAACCAUGGUGACUCCAUUUGUAGAUGGUUGGGACUUUGUACAGACACUGGGCGAAGGAGCAUAUGGAGAGGUCAAGUUAGCUGUCAACCGAUCAACAAAUGAAGCAGUAGCUGUGAAGAUACUAAAUCUUGAUAAACAACAAGGAGCGGCUGAUUGUGUUAGAAAAGAGGUAUGCAUUCAUCGGAUGCUGGCCGAUCCUCAUAUCAUCCGUUUCUAUGGUCACCGCAAAGAGGGCAGUAUUCAAUAUUUGUUUGUGGAGUACGCCAGCGGGGGAGAGCUCUUCGAUAGGAUAGAGCCUGAUGUUGGAAUGCAAGUUACUGAAGCCCACCGUUUCUUUUCACAACUCAUAUCGGGUGUGGAGUACCUGCAUAAGAAAGGGGUCACACAUCGCGACCUCAAACCAGAGAACUUACUUUUAGAUGAACACGAUAACCUGAAGAUAUCUGACUUUGGGUUAGCGACCGUGUUCAGGCACCAGGGCAAGGAGCGUCUCUUGGGCAAGUGUUGCGGGACACCACCUUACGUUGCCCCUGAGGUCCUUAAGAGGAAGGAGUACCAUGCCGAGCCGGCUGAUAUAUGGUCAUGUGGGAUCAUACUAGUAGCCAUGCUGGCCGGGGAAUUACCUUGGGAUGAGCCUACGUAUAGCUGUAACGAGUUUUGUGAUUGGCUGGAUAAGAAGAUGCAUCUAUCUCCAUGGAAGAAGAUUGACACCACACCACUUGCCCUUCUGAGGAGGAUUCUGACAGAGACCCCGGCCAAGAGGAUAACCAUACAGAAUAUCAAGAAAGAUCGCUGGUAUAGAUCAAAAGGUACAAUAGGAAGAGUACCCACAAGCUCGCCGAAUACAGGGAGCAUGAAGAGAGUCUGUACUGGAAAUGAUCUAUCACCACUUGCAGCUGGAAAUUACAAAGUCUCGUCUUCCCAGCCGACGUACCAAACCAACGGCCCAUCUACGCCAGGCGAGAGCAGUAUUCCUAGCUCUGUGGAAGAAUUAGUGAAUGCGUUCAGUUUCUCCCAGCCUGUUCACAUGGACAACAUGUUGCUUGGUAGUCAACUUCAGUGUACGCCAGGAGCUUCACAGACUCCGAUGCAGAGGCUUGUGAGGCGUAUGACGCGGUUCUUCACAAACUGUGGCUUUGAGAAAACAUUGAAGGUCCUAACAGCUACCCUUGAUAAACUCACUGUGUAUACAUGGAAGAAAAGCUGUCCAAAUCAGGUUACCAUUUCUACCCUUGACAAGCGUAAGAAUCAACUCACAUUCAAGGCUAACCUACUCGAGAUGGAUAAAAAGGUCCUGGUGGACUUCAGAUUAUCAAAGGGUGAUGGUCUGGAGUUCAAGAAACACUUCUUGAAGAUAAAGGACAAGCUUCCCUCCAUCAUUGUCAAGGGACCGCCUCUCAUGCCGCUAUGAUCGAACUUUGACCUCUUAGGCAAUGCUGAACCUUGAACUUUGCCAUGGUUGAGUUUGACCUUUAAUGCAGCUAUGAACUCUUACCUUUGAUGCCGUCGGAUGCCAUGGUGAAGGUUGACCUUUGAUGCCAUGGUGAACUGAACUGUGACCUUUGUCAUCUUGAACUUUGACCUUUGGUGCCACUUUGUCCUACAAUGCCAUGGUGAAGCUUGAACUUUGCCCAUGUUCAGAACAAAUCGCAUCUACACUCAUAAUAGCUGGAACUCUAUUCCAAUUAUACAGAUGAACAGGUGUAAGUUUGUAUUCCUACUUGACGUUGUAUCGGUACUAGAAUCCAGUUUCUGAUGUAAGAGAACUACUGGAUCAAUAAACCCACCGUCAAUUUCAUUAGAGAAAAGGUCCAUCAAUUCAUCUCACUUCUCAGGAAAUUCUGUACAUUAGUAUAUCACUGAACGCAAACUGAUGUAAUUUCAGCUUCUUCAACAUUUGUAAUGGAACUAGGACACAGCUUUCAAUGUUAGAGAAUUGCCAGAAAUUGCAGUUAUUUCCUCUGAGGAAAGUUCCAGCGUUUCAUCUACCCUUUCUAGAAAAUAAUUGAUCCUGCAUUUCAUUGUUAUAAUGGAAAUAACCAAUGAAAUGUCAGUUUCUUCCCCACCUUGUAUGAGAGAUAAAAGAAGUCAGUUUCUUAGAAUUAUAUUUAUGCUGCUGUUAUUUUCAAGAGGAUAGGUCAUUGAUAUAUCCAACUUCUGAGGAUAAAAAAUCAAUUUGUAUUGGUAUAUUUGUGUACUUCUUUGUUUUUCUGGGUGACGAUUGGUGCAUAUGGGGUUCCAUAAAUGCAUUUAUUUUUGCCAAAUAUUUGUUUGUUUGUUUUUCUUUCGGAAAGGAUAAUUGUUUGUAAAUUGUGUCUUGGUGUUGGUAAAAACUCUGACUUUUCUAUGUUGAAAGGAAAGUAACAAAUACAUGAAAACAAUGAGGAAAAAAACCUUUUGAAGGCUUCUGAAACUUUACAUCAGCAAGGCCAUGUGUUUGCUGUUAAUAUGCUUUAAAGUUACUUUAUGUCCAUUGUCUCAUUUCCUGUGAGUAUAGUUAUUUUAGCUGUAAAAUUUUGAUAAGAGUUUUGUAAGUACCCUGAUGUACAGGGUCCUAAUGUGCCAAAUAUACAUAAUAAAUGUUCUUAAUUGUUCAUAUGUAUGUUUACAUUUGAGAUAACAAUGUAAUGCCCCGUCUUAUGUGGCGAAUGGCUGCUUAUUUUGUGUGAGCAAUGGAAGAAUCAAGGAGAUUGCUUUUACUGCUUGUUGGCUACUAAGAUCAUCACAUUUGAUAUUUACAUCCCAAAAUCAUUAAGUGCUUUAUCAAACAAGAAACAGAAAUUUGUAUUAAUGUCUAUAUUUGUUUGGAACUGUAAAAUUCUAUGAUGUAUUUGUCAACAAAGCACAAAAUCACUUGGACCCUGAACUGCAAUAAAAUUUUCAUAUGUAAUGAUGCUGCAAAUAGAUUGUCAAGAUACUCUGAAGAAUCAGGGUUCCCUUUGCACCAAGCUUAGCAAUCGUGGAACAUUUUUUUACGAUUGAUUGCAUAGACUACAAUGUACAAUCAAUCAUGAAAAUCAAGCGUACAAUUAAUCGCUAACCUUUGUUUCACUGGACCCAGGUGUUGAUGGGGAAUUUUCCUCUAUCAGGAAGAUACCCACUAGGAACAGGGUGUUGUCAAUCGCCCAGGGUAGAUCAAAGUCUAAUGACCAAUAGAUGUAGUGCCUCUCGUGAGAGUCGGAUUUCAUGGGGGAUCUGACAUAUGAAUAUGAAAAUACCCAUGCAUUCAAGUGGGUUUGGCCAAUCGCCCAGGGUAGAUUCAAGUUUAAUGACCAAUAGAUGUAUUGCAGUGCCUCUCUGGAGAGUCAGAUUUCAUGGGGAAUUGGUCACUUCCAGGAAGAUACAGAUCGAGGCACAUAUUCUGAUCUCAGGUUCAACUGACACUGUGGUUUAACUCUGCUAAAAUUAUGGGAAGCCAAAUAUAUCAAAAUUUGUUCACAGGGUAUGUUUCAUAAGUUAACUGUGCUCUUUCCUAAUUCUUUAAUGGUGAAGACAAUUAUCUUAUUCAUCCUUCCCAGACAGUUAAGAAUGAUUUGAGAGUCAAUGAGCUGGUACAUUCAUCCUAUACUGUUUGAGAUUUAUGUCUUAAUUGGCUAUCCAUAGUUAAACCACAACUUUAGACCAGAGUUUGAAUUAAGUCCGACUUCAGAAUACGGGCCCGAGUAAACAUUUUGGCACUCUGAAAAAAAGGAAUUUGCCAAGCAGAAUUCUGAAAAAUGCCUUAUUCAGUAUUAUAAUCUAGACUUCGUUAUAAUAUACUAUAGUUAGAGACAGUAGUUCAUUCCUGUAUUCGUUUAACAGUAGUACUAAUUCAUUAGUAGUUACCAGGUACCUGAAUGCUCUUUAAUGUAGACUGGUUUACCAACAUGAUGUCUUUGAUCUCUUUAUGCAAGUAGAAUAAACCCACAUCUACAUUUUGAUAUAGGCAUUGAACUAUAUAAAACUCUGUCUUUUGAAGCUGAACAACAGCAUUGUCAAAAUUCUGCAAGUUUCAGCGAUUAGGUGGUUUCACAUUGUCAUGUUGAUGUCUGUAUGAAAUGCACAUUUUCUGGUGUUGUAUGGGAAUAGAAGACAUUUGUUGUAAGAAAAGCAUAAUUGGGGGGGUGUUUCUUAAAGAGUUAAGUGUGACCAAGAGUCGCACUUAAGUAUCGACAUAUAUAUGAUAUGACCUCAAAGGGUUUUCAUGGUGGAGAGAACAAUGGAAGUUUUGCUGUAAAGACCAUGUAUGUAGUCCUGUAUAUGAUAUACAAUGAGCAACAGUAGUGCGCAUCCUCUUGACAUGAUAUGACCAAUGUGGUCAUGCCUUUUGUAAUGCACACAACUCUGCAUUUUAUUGCGAUUGUAAGUCAUACUUAAAUCUUUGUGAAACACCCCCUGCUUUGUAAACAUGUUGAUAAUUGCACAAAUCACUUAGUCUUAUAAGACUUGGCUGCAAAUAUAAAUUUAUUUUGUCACUUAAA